UUUUUUUUAUUGAUAAUUUAUUGUGUGUGAUUCUCCUUUGGACCUAAUUGAAUUGUUUUCAAAAAAAAAUAAUCCAAGUUUUGACGGGGCAGUAUUAAAUGAAAAUGGCUUAUCUUCAUGAUGAUAUGAGUUGGUCAGAGGUUCGUGACUUAUUCCGUAAGUGGCGCGAAGAUAAUGAACGUCGUAGCGAUGAGGUGAUUCAUUUGUGGGAAACAGUAUUGGAUGAAAAACAGCAUAAAUUAGACAGCGAACGACACUUGGUGCUUGAACAAGUGAUCAUAGCCGCAUUAGACUGUAAUCGAAUCAAAAUCGCUGAACAAUGUAUACGUAAACUAUCGAUUGAAUUUCCGGGCAGUUUACGUGUACAAAAAUUCAAAGCCAUGCGACUUGAGGCGUUGGAAAUGUUCGACGAAGCGUUAGACGUAUUAAAUGCGAUCAUUGCACAGGAUGAAACAAAUGCGGCGCCCAGAAAGCGAAAAAUUGCCAUUUACAAAGCCAAAGGCAAAAAUACCGAUGCAAUCCGUGAAUUGUGCGAGUACACAAAAUUGUUUAUGUCCGACCAAGAGGCAUGGCAUGAACUGUGCAAUUUGUACAUGGCCGAGGGAGAGUUCGCCAAAGCGGCAUUCUGUAUGGAAGAACUAUUGCUACAUAAUCCACACAGCCAUUUGUACCAUCAACGUCUCGCUGAAAUUCGUUACACAAUGGGUGGCCUAGAAAAUAUCGAGUUGGCUAAAACAUAUUAUUCGCAAGCGGUGAAAUUGAAUCCAAAUAAUUUACGCGCAUUAUAUGGACUCUAUUUGUGUUGCAAUCAAAUCAGUGGCUCGAGAUCAACGGUGAAUAAGCGAAAAGAUGCGCAAAAAUUGGCACAAUUGAUUUUAACAAAAAUUCAGGCCAAAUACAACAACGAAGCCGAAGAUGACACCAUCAACUGUGUAUCGAUACCAGCAUUAGAAAAUGCUUUCGGGAAUCUUGACAUCAAAUCCAACUAGUUGCCAAUUUCUAUAGAUUGAUGGUGAACAAAAAUGAGUUACGAGCACACAUCCAUAGUGUGGAUUCCAUACCAAUCAAAUGCAUCCCCCCCCCCCCCAAAAAAAAAUACAAAAAUGAAUUACGAACGAAUUGUCUAGUUUGUCAUUAAAAAUAUUUUAUAAAUAUUAAAAUAAUUUUGAGACCAAAAUCACCUAGCGAAAUGCGUAUCAACCGAAUAAACGAACAAAUGGUUUCAGUUUUUAUGGAAAAAAUGGAGAAGUGGCGCCAAUUCAAUGGAUGAAUAUUGAACAUCAAUAAUAUUGAAGUCAACAUUGUCUAGUUUUCAUAUAAUGAUUUCGCAUGAACAACACAAUCCAUGAGUAUUAAACAAAGUGAAAAAAAAAUUAAUUAGAAUAAUUGCAAACCGUAAAACUACAACAAUUCCAAUCAAUUUUAUUUUAAAAUCAUUUGUUUUUUCAAUUAAAUAUUAUUUAUGACAGCAUUUAAA